AUGGCCCUCAGUGAAAGAACGGAUUUUUUCAUCUUCCUUUUUCUUUUUGAAAUUCUUUGCUUGCUUUUUUUUCUCUUACUACGUCGCACCCAUCCACAAAUAUGUCCUCAUUCCAUUUUGUUUCGACAUGGUUCUAUCAAUACCGCCUCAACUGUCACUUUUUAUAAUAUUUCAUAUUUCUCCUUAUUUGUAAGCCUCAAUGGUUCACUCACCUUUUCUCUUUUCUUUCCCUCUUUUUCUUUUCCCUACUGCACAUUAUCUAUCUAUCUAUCUAUCUAUCUAUCUAUCUAUCUAUCUAUCUAUCUAUCUAUCUAUCUAAGACUGCACAUUAUCUAUCUGAGACUGCACAUUAUCUAUCUAUCUAUCUAUCUAUCUAUCUAUCUAUCUAUCUAUCUAAGACUGCACAUUAUCUAUCUGAGACUGCACAUUAUCUAUCUAUCUAUCUAUCUAUCUAUCUAUCUAUCUAUCUAUCUAAGACUGCACAUUAUCUAUCUAUCUGAGACUGCACAUUAUCUAUCUAUCUAUCUAUCUAUCUAUCUAUUUAUCUAUCUAUCUGAGACUGCACAUUAUCUAUCUAUCUAUCUAUCUAUCUAUCUAUCUAUCUAUCUAUCUAUCUAUCUAUCUAUCUAUCUAUCUAUCUGCAUCUAUCUAUCUAUCUAUCUGAUCUUCAUUAUCUAUCUAGACUUACAUUAUCUAUCUAUCUAUCUAUCUAUCUAUCUAUCUAUCUAUCUAUCUACAUAUAUAUAUAUAUAUAUAUAUUAA